CAUACGUGGCGAUAGCGGCAGUGGCAACAACGCAAGCAGCAUUGCCCUCAUCAGAACCGCCAAAGGGCACUCUAAGAGUGUGAGCCCACUACGAUUCUUCAGUGGGACUACAGCUACAGAUUUUUUCUAUCUCUGAGUAAGUGGCCAUCGCAUUGGUUUGCAAUCGACAGUAGUAGAGGUAGGCACUAUGCUUUCCAGCUGCUAGCGCUGGUCGCAUUUACCGGUAGCAUUAGAACAAACUACUGAGAGCUUAUGUUGAUGCGGUAGUGCUGCCAACACCGUCAGCGCCCUCUUGUUGUCACGGUUGUUGAUCUGUUCGUGGACGACAACGAGGAAAAGAAAGUCAUUACCACUGACGCCGCCAGUCUGUGUCGCGUAGCAUCGAGCACCACCUUUACUAUAUACCUAACGGAGGUACCAGCAUUUCGCGUAGAGGUACAUUUUUUAAUGCCCUUCGUCCUCUUGUGGGAAAAGCUACAUGGGCGCCCUCUAUUUGGGCUGUGGCCCACUCGGGUCGUCCGUGGUUGCUCGUUCUGUCUGUUGGCAGAUAGAUCGUCUUCUGGUGGCGUUUCGUUCUCUCUUGAGUAAAUUGACCGACCGUGGUCGUUGUGUGCUGCGGUGGCGCAUCGUCAACAGUAAUCCUACAGCCGGUUCAGACUCUUAAGUCCAUCUAACCGCGAGUUGUGGCAGGCUCACUGGGAGGUUCAGACCAUACCGAUAGACAACCAAAACGCACUGCCAACACCAUCACUAGUGCUGGUACCGGCCCCCUAUUCGCUCUAUUUUAGGUUGGCUGUCGCUAGUUGCUUUCUAGCUUCGCUGGCUUGCCGUGGUUGAUUUCUGCCGUGCCGUGUGCUCAGUGGGGAACAGUUCGCUUCUUGUUGCUGCUGUAUCCGCUACUUGGCUAAAGAGUGAGUGCUGGAUUUAAUGGCAGUGACAGCGACUUACUUGAGUGCUGAACCUGCUGGAGGUACGGCUGAUGCUACACGAACGUGCUCCGCUAGCGUCUAGAGACCAACCCAACGGGAGAUUGGAUGUGGCCUCCAAAUUAAUCAAAUUCUCCUGUGGAAUAAUUCAGUGAUAAAAGACCUGUUCAUUUUCUGUUAAACUCUUGAUCGUCUGUUCAUUUUUGAACUCGGUGUGUAUAUAUUUAGGGAUCUUGUGAGUAGCAGCUCGCAUAGUGGCGCUUGAACGGGUUCUGGGCGGCGAUCCCCAACGUACCUUGUAUCGUUAUUCAAAAUCUGAUUCGUUACGCCCAGGAUACAAAUUUAAAGCACGGGCAUUCGAUGUGUGCUUCGGCGUUGAUCAAUUUUAGUGACGUUUCCAUUAAUCGCGUAGGAACGGGUACGGGAUCCUCAGUGACCCUGUAGAAAUAACUUCUGAUACAAUCUCUACCUGGUCGACGUCAGAUUCAGAAAGGUAUAGAUCUGGCCCCACAAUGUCAAGCGCGUGGCAACAGCUUGAGCAACUGCUCACCUGUGCAAUAUGUAUGGACAGAUUCAAGAACCCUAAGCUCUUACCAUGUCAACACACAUACUGUGGCGACCCGUGUAUGGAAGGUUUAGUGGAUUACGCUCGUCGACAGAUAAAGUGUCCCGAAUGUCGUGCCGAACAUCGCAUACCCUACAAUGGCAUACAAACCUUGCCAACGAAUGUAACCCUCAUGCGUUUCUUAGAACUUCACCGAAGUAUCACAGGUGAAGAACCCGAACCUGAAGAAGCUGUGCUAGGCCGAUGCUCAGUAUGUUCUGAAAAGCAGCAUCUGGUCACCUGCCAUCACUGUGGGAAGAAAAUCUGCCCUGAUUGUAAAGAGGCUCAUCUUGACGUUAUGCGGAGGGAGAUCUUCCGCAUCUGCUCCAACGUGCGUCGUUCCCUUACACGUCUCGAAGAUACGCUCAAAGAAACAAAGAAAAACGAGGACAAGCUAAUCACAAACUGCACAAACGUCCGAGAGGAGAUCGCUGACGUUAUUGGUAGAAGUGUCAAAGAUUUAGAAAGGCUAAAAGAUCGACUCAGCAGCGAGGUUGAUAGUUACGAAGAAACAGAAACUGGUACUCUAGCUAAACUUUCCGAAGAUCUCGAGCAGGAGUUCUCAACAAUUAACGCCAACUGUGAAGUUGUUGAGAAGUACAUCGAUGAAGAUCACGACUGGACUGAUACAGAAUUGGUGGAAUACAAAGAAAUUUUUAUCAAAACGCUCGAAUUUCUUCGAAAUUUUGACGCAGACACCACCGAUUAUGGAAGACGAGUGCGUCUCAAUAUUCUCACCGACACUGAACAGGUUCACAAAAUCCUAACUGGUUUACUGGAACUUAAGAUUCAGCCUUCGUCAAGCGUAAACCAAUCUUUCACACCAGCAGGUCAGACAUUACCCAAUGCCUUGAUGCGUUCCCAGUCUGAUCACAGGCUAGCAAGCCAGUUUAAGAAGGUCGAUUCCAGAUCUAUGCUGGAUAUAUCUCAACGGGACGGUGCAAGUGAUAACGAGGAGCGAGGCCAGGGGAAAACCGAUAUCCUGCGUCGAUAUGGCCUCCUCGGCGACGAUGACAGCCACGGAAGUUCGCGGCAUGGCGGAUACAAAUCGAAGUAUGUACGCGAUCUACUUCAGGAGCAGGAAAGCAUGAUGCGGCCUCAAACGGCCACAAGUCGAUUUGAAGAAGAUAAGAUCAAGGAGCCGGAACAGCUUCUGAAGGUGUUCGAUGUUGAUGGUGCGGCCCGGGCUCCUCUCAGCGGUAUAGUAAAAAUCGAAGAUUCGGGAAGGUUUAUGGAGCGCGUAUUUGAAAGCCAGAAGAAGGCCAAGGCAAAAAGGGAAGAGAAGGAAAACCUAAAAAGGAUGCAAGAGCAGCAGCAGAAAUUAACACAGAUAGCUCAACAGAGGAUGCAGCACCAAAUGGCCAGUAUGCGUGCCCAGCAACACACGCAACAACGAGGCGGAAUCCCAUCUGAUCAAUCGGCCGACUCAAGUUUAGCCGUGGCAGGAAUGACCAAUAUGGGCGGUAGCGGAAACAGCACCGGGACCAACGCAUCCGAGUCUGCCGCGCGAGACGAAAGACCUGAUACAAGAAAAGACGGACCCGUAUCGACGGUAACAUCUCAGUCGGCGCAUGAAGAGCCUUCAAAAUACUCGACGGCGACGUUACGAACUCCUUCGCUAGACGACGAUCGAGGAAGUGACUCAAGUUCCGUAAGAUCCCGCCGAACAUACCUCGAAGAAAGCACAACACCUUCAAGGGACUCUCCACUUUCCAGAAUGACCAGUAAACCCGACGAGGAACGCAACCCUUAUCGAUCGUCAUCGGUCAGCGAUUACCCGUCGCGAACGGCCUCUACUGCUUUGACUUCUCGUAGACAGGGCUAUGGAUUGCGACAGCCGUCUAGGGUCCAGGAUAGCGAAAGUGACAGUGAAUCUGAAGAAAGCGAAGGCCAACCACAGACAGGCCCAGUAGGUCGACGUUUCGACGAAAGUUCGUCAGUGAGCGCACUACUGAGCAGAAGCCAGGAAGUCAGGAAGAACAUGUCUAUAGCUGACAAUGCACCGAGAGACCAGCGGCAGCGAAAUCCAUACUUGUACAGCUCCCGCGAUCGGCCCUCGUACGGCCGUGAUACGGGUUUGGGCACUGCAACAACUAGUACCUUACGCGACUGGCAAUCGGGCAAUGAUGGUGUUUCAGCGUCUGGUGACUACUCGAGGCGUCGGUUUUCGACGGAAAUAUCCGACGAUCUGAGCAGUCGGCGAAGAUCGCUGGCAAGGUCGAAAAGUUCAGCAUAUGUUCAAGACGAAGAUGAAGACAUAGCACGACCGUAUGGCUCUCGAUCGUAUGCGCGGUCGUCACUCACUUCAAGCCGGUCCGCUGCCAGCGGCUGCUCGUACGGCGGGAUCAGGCGCUCCAAAAGCUCCGCUGACAUCGGCCUCGUUGGUGGGAACGAUAGCGACGAAGACGACCGGCCUUCAGCGUCCUCGUACAGACGACGAAGUAUACGCAACCUCACCGAUGAGUCCCAGAGCGGUCCCACAUCAAAUAUCCUUCGUUCGAGGAGCACGCACGCCUUCAAAUCGUCGUUCGAUCAAGACGAAUCGGAAGACCCCGUUGACCGUUCUUCCUCGUGGGCCACUUACCUCCGAAGCAAGUACCGAACCGGCGGUACGGGCUCUUCAUUCUCCAGUACUCAGACCGACUCAGCCUCUCGUUACACAGGAUCCUCCAGCUUUCAGCGAUCCCGUUCAUCAGGCUACGUCCUCGGUUCCUCAACGGCCAAUAACUCCGAAGACGACAUUUCGGAUAGCGAACAAGAGAAGACAAUCAAUACGCGCCGCACCUAUUCCCGCGGGAGCGACUCAACCGCCGUUGGCGGGGGUUACGGUAAUCCCCGUAGUGCAUACCUUCAAAAAGGCGAAUGCAAAUUGAGCAUUGGUAAACGUGGGUCGGAAUCGGGGAGCUUCACGUGGCCACGGUCCGUGGCAGUAGGGCCUGAUGGGUCGCUUGUAGCGGCAGACUCGUCCAACCACCGCGUGCAGGUAUUCGAUUCAAAUGGAAGGUUUCUACACGCAUUUGGUAAACAAGGCAGUGGCGAUGGCGAACUGGAUAAUCCAGCUGGAUUAGCGGUCAACCGCAUCGGACAGAUAAUUGUCUCAGAUAGGUACAACAACCGAGUACAAAUAUUCGAUUCAACUGGGCGAUUUAUCCGAACCUUUGGGGGCGACGGUCGAACGGACGGCAAAUUUCAAUGCCCGUGGGGCCUCACCACUGAUAGCCUUGGAUUUAUCUACGUCUGCGACAAGGAGAAUCACCGAGUUCAGGUAUUCCAGUCGGACGGUAGUUUUGUUGGUAAAAUGGGUAGCGUUGGUUCUCGUCCUGGAUAUUUAGAGCAUCCGUCCUAUAUUGCGGUGUCAAGCACCAAUCGAGUGAUUGUCAGCGAUACAAAUAAUCACCGUGUUCAAGUGUUCGAUGUCAACGGACGCUGCCAAUUCACGUUCGGUGCAGAAGGUUCUGAAGAAGGAUUGUUCCGCUUUCCUCGAGGGGUGGCUGUCGAUGAUCAAGGGUACAUCGUCGUAGCUGAUUCAGGCAACAAUCGCAUACAGGUUUUCCAGCCUGACGGCAGCUUUAUUAAAGCGUUCGGGACAUGGGGUUCGGAAGGCGGCAAAUUUAAAGGACUUGAGGAUAUCGCCGUUAAUAGUAAAGGCGACAUUAUCGCUUGCGACCGAGAAAACCACCGCAUUCAAAUAUUCUGAUGAUUCUCUUUGCAUCCUGGACUGUUGAUGCCAACGGUAACAACAGCGAAAGCAAAUGAUCGAUGAACGAAUAAAAAAUCUGUCCAAUUCCGAGGAUUUUCUCAGACUCGUCAUCAAGGCACUGCUGCCGUCUACCGACGGAGUAUCCUCGACUAGGAAUUUCCAGUUCUGGCUUUGCUGCAACAUAUUCUAGCUUUCUUGUCUAACUAGCAAUGCAACUGUUACUAUUUAAAACAUUAGCACACGCAAUAUAGUUUAAAAGUCUCCAAAAACUUUUUCGAGGGAUGUACCAGUGCGUCUCGCGCACUUAACUCAUGGCAAAAGGUGUAUCUCUAAAUAGAAUUCUCGUUCCAGCGCAAAGCAAGUAGAGAAAAAAAAAUCCUGUUCUACAGGGAAAAACAUGAAAAGGUAAAAAAAAUAUAGGAUAGUCCGACAGAAAAUCAUUAUUCAUGAUUAUGAAUUGUGAUUAACUAUGAUGUUUACGAUGUCAAUGGCAAUAAGAUUAAGGAUAAUCAUCAUGGUUCUGACUGUAAAAGCUUGUGAUAGAGAUGUAAUGUAACAACGAAAAUGUGUGUUUUCUGCGAUUUGUUGUUACCCUUAUUAUUACUCGUAUAUACUGUUAUUUCUAUGAUAUAUUAUUAUUAAAUAUAUUCGAUGCAUCGAUACAUAUCGUAGUCGUGGCAUCGAGACGGUGCUGCCGCUAUCUAAGACCAAGGUUUUAGUUUUACUCUGCAUUAACAACAUAUACCGUUCGUUAUUUAAUUACCUUCACAAUUUCUUUACCAGCCUUUUCACGCCAUCCAGCAGUUUUUCAUAGGAAGAAUUACCGGCACUACCAGCUAGCCACUGCGAAGGAGUGUUUGAAUAUGUUGCUUGUGCCACACUGUUCUUUAUCUUUCGGAUCGGAAGGGCUUACCAUUGGAAUCAAUUGGGUGGUUGCUUCCUUACUCUGUACAUGGAGACGAGCUUUCUCAUUUUAUGGCAUUAUUUUUACUCCGAACCACUUCCUCUACUGCCAUUGUGUCGACUACGAUCAGAAGCUUUAUCAGCUGCACCACACGUUCCUGUACAGUCGCGCCUCAAAAAAAGGCACUUGUGUGCUUUUUCGCAGCGUAGCAAACUAACGGCGUUCGGUCGAAAGCGGAGACAAGGUUGGCUUGGCGACGCUGGUGACUAAGAUACUUGAGGUGCUGCUUCUUCCACUGAACAAGCUUUUUGUCUACCCAGCCUUUCUUCCAGCAUUUUCCUCGGCUUCUCUUCGCUUUGUCAGCAGGACAACUAGUCAGUCCUGAACUAUUCUUGAUGAAGGCGAUGCACAUCUAUUGGCCUGCUAGUGUUGCUCUAUUUAGGUCCUGCACCGUUCGAAUCGAACGCCUUCCCCGAACCUUCCUUCAACUUCUAGGCAUUCGUUUAUUUCCCGGAUACAUCUUCCGAUGUAUUCUAUAGGGCUGCGGCGAAAUGGGCGCUAGUGUAGGGGUAGAAGACUGGCAGCAAAGGCGGAAAAAUACUAGCAACGGCAGCAGCAACAGUCGUUGUUAACCUGGAAAUGCUUGCCUCGAAUCGCUGCUUGUGAACAAAAGGGUAAGAUAUACACUACAAACUGUGUUGAAAGUGGAACUCCUUCGCUACUAAUUGAGGGUGAGACAAAACAGCGAAGGUCUGUAACUACAUAAUGUACAAUUCUCACAGUACUGUAAAGCGGAAGCUAGCAAAGAUCGGUUGGUUAGGCUUGAUUUAGACGGACCGUGCGUUCGUUCUGGCACCUUUUCACGGUAUUCGUGAGCACCAGGCUACCUCCAGGUUACUUGAUGCUUCCUUCGUACAAGAAAGGUUCUAUGGCUUUCUUUGUUCUCUUGGCUGACCUGAACCGAAAUAUCUAGGUUAUUUCACUCAUGACUACCCCAGUAGACGAUCAUCGAGCAGCUUAGAAAGACGGUCGAGAAGGCUAUGUUAUUCGUUUAAUGCGACUGAUCCAGCGCGACAAAGCAUCGGCGGUUGAAGUCGUUUGGUGGAAAUAGCGUGCCUCAUAAAGGGGGCUGCGGAAGGGUCAAAUGAUAGGGAUAUUUUGCGAGAGAAAACUUAGACGUUUCUUAGAACUCGGUGUAAACCAAUUACACAUGGUAGUAAUCAUAAGUAAACAUAGACGGCCUGAAGGGCAGCAAUGAAGAGCGUGUAUUGCCUAGCAGAGCUCUAGGCGAGCUAAAGAAAAAAGCAAAGGCUUGUUGUCGUUGCUCUUAUUGGAAAAGAUUGUUUCGUGUUUCGCUAUACCGUUCACACGAAGCCGCUGUGCUACGCAGAGCGCACACGCAUAAUAGCCAACAGAAAAGCGGGCUAGGCGUCGCAAACGGCUGAAUAGCGUACACUGAGUAAUCUAGAUUGAUCAAGAAGCUGCAGGGAGGCCGAAACGGUGUUUGACAGCAAGGGCAGCCCACGACCCAAAGUGUUGGUAAUGCUGCCACAUUGACUGAUAAUGAAAUGGAGAAACUGUGGAUAAACGAACGGAAAGGCAGGAAGAUAACCAGUACGCAGAAAAGUGUGGCAACCCAUUGUUGGACUGGGGAGAAUUUUCGGGGGCCGGGAGAACGGAGCAUUCACUGUUGUUGUUAAGGCAGCGGAAUAUCUGAAUUCGACUAGAUAUCACAUGGAAUAAACGUACCUAGUAAAUAAAAGGAGUAGCAUUAUAUAUAUUAUGAGACUACCGUUGGUGAAAUUGGUGGCUGUUUUGGUUGUUAUUUGAAAAAAAGGUAGAAAAAGAAGAUGACAUUGAUUAUGUCAUGAUAAACAUAAUGAAAAAAAGAGAACGUUAACUAUAACUAGGCGGACCAGAAGAAGGAUAAAAAUGUAAGUACAAUUACUGUGGAUAUAUAUACACAUAUAUGUACGAGGGUGACGCCUUUAUGUUGUGAGACUUGUUUAACUACGCUAUUGUAAAAUGCCCCAUCAGAGGUGUUGAUGGGCUUUAAGGAAGAGGACAACGAACACAUUAUGUUGCCCAUUUAGAGACAACAUUGAUGCCAGUCCACCCAGUUAUUGUUACUGUGUAUAAUCAAUACACACACACGUUUUAUGUCGCAUUUAGGUUUGGAUGCUUAAUAAAUGACUGCUGCUUUU